AUGGACACCAGAACCGCCGGCAACAUCCCUCCCUUUCGGGAGGCCGCCAAGGUUCAACGCCUUGACUCGCACACCUACGGCGCGAUCCUCGUCGACUCUUUCUGCAUAGGGACCGUACCAAACGGAGGAUAUGUGGCCUCCUGUAUUCUCGGAGCCGCAGCCCUCCAUCAGACAGGGAGAGGCCAAAAGGACGUGUUGAACGCUCACUUUCAGCUUCUGAGCAGAACUGAGACGGGACCGGCGAUCAUCAUCAUCGAGGACAUUAAGGUUGGCCGCCAGCUGAGCACCCUACAUGUCACACUCUACCAACACGCCCUGCUGUCUGAGGCCCCGUGGAUCACACUGGGUUCUACACGCAAAGAGAUCGCCGCGUACCUCAUCAUGACGGACCUCGGCAAGGAAAGAGGCAUUUCCCUGCCCACGGCGUUUACCAAGAGUCUGCAUAACCCACCGAUGGCGGCGCCGCCCAAGCCAGACUUCGCUGCCUUGAGGGAAGACCACGAUGCUCACUGGGCUCGCUUCCAAUUUGUCAACGGCGGAAGCCCGCCCAACUAUGCGCGAUGCCUGAACAAUUGCGUCUACUACGAUCCUCGCGGCGGGCAGCCCACUAGGACAAUCCUCGACAAGUGGGUUCGGCUGGCAUCGGGCGAGAGGUUUACCCCUGCUGCGCUGGCCUUCGUUUCUGACUGCUGGCCGUAUAUGAUCCAGGUGCAGCGGUCGUUCCAUGAGGGAGCCAAGGAGAAGGACGCCGGGGAAGGAGGGAAUGAGGUGGUUCCUUCUGACCUUGGGUUCGAGUGGACAGGAUUCUGGUACCCGACCGUGGUGCUGAACCUGGAAGUGAAAAAGGCGUUGCCGAAGGAUGGUGUUGAGUGGUUGCACGUGCGGAUGCAGGCAAAGCAAAUCAAGGACAGCCGGUUCGACAUGGAGGUGCUGUUGCUGGACGAGCACGGUGACCUUGUGGCCGUGAGCAACCACGUCUGCUUGAUUUUCAGCAGCGAGCGGAAUAUGUCUGAGAGGAGCAAGCCCGGCGAUGUGGCCAAGGGAGCGCUGAGUCGUAUCUAA